AUGAUGGCGCGCGUCCCGGACAAUGCAACUGUCUCAGAGGCAUUCGCAGUGACCGAUGGAGUGAAGCAGGGCUGCAGCCUCGCGCCUACCCUCUUCAGUCUCAUGUUCUCUGCCAUGCUAGUGUACGCCUACGACGACAAACGCCCUGGAAUCCGCAUCGCCCACAGGACAGACGGCCAACUCACCAACCGCCCGCGGAUGUACUUCCAGUCACGUGUAUCCACAACUAUCGUCUAUGAACUUCUCUCCGCCGACGACUGCGCUCUCAAUGCCACCUCUGAAGGGGACAUGCAAAGAAGCAUGGAUCUCUUCGCCGCCGCCUGA